AAACGAGAACAGUCCACACAGCCCGGCGCACACAUCCGUGGUGUAAACUAGUACCUCGGUACACAUCUACCUACCUACUUACCUACUCCCACACCACCGCGAUCGGACCGCACCGCACCAAACCGCAAAACACAAUGAGCGAGUCCAGCAUAACCGAAGCGUCGCUCAAAGCGGCGCUGACCGACCGACUGCAAGCCGUGCACGUGGAAGUAACAGACAUGUCCGGCGGCUGCGGCCAAUCCUUCACCUCCCUCAUCGUCUCCCCCACCUUCGCGGGACAGAGCAGCCUAAAGCGGCACCGCGCCGUGAACGCCGCGCUCAAGGCCGAGAUCGCGUCGAUCCACGCGUGGAGCGCCAAGUGCCAGACGCCGGACGAGUGGGAGCGGGACAAGGCCAAGAACAGCGGCGACGGGACUGGCCCGCCGAUGGACGGGACGGUGCGGGGCCAGGUCCAGGGGGUCGAUGCGUGAGAGGGGGGAGUGGCGUACUGGACUGCGCUUGGGUACCUGCGGAUCUACGGAUGGCUAUUGAGUUGGAAUUUAGGUAAUGCACGGAUAGAAUAAGGGGUCAGGGGGG